CCACAGUCCACCAGUCGGUCAGACGGACGCACGUUGCAUUCACUUCAGUUGAUUAAAUUAAUAGAAUCACCAUGAUAGUGUGGUGUUUGAUGGCUGUCGUCGCCGCGACCGAGAUUUCAGCGGGGAAUUUACCUUCCUUCAUCAGUCCGUGCUCAGCGUCAGAUCCAAACCUCAACGAAUGCAUACAAAAAGUGAUAGAAGUGGUGGCUCCAAAGUUCGCUGAUGGCAUUGCUGAGCUGGGAAUAGCACCCCUAGACCCGGUCCAACUGGGCACCGUGGAGGUCAACAAUCCGGCGCUGAAGAUCACGUUUACAGACACCGUGGUCACCGGCCUGAGGGGAUCUAAAAUUAAUAGUUACAAAAUAAAUUUAGAUAAAGGCAAAGCAACGAUAGACUUCACGGCCAAUGUCACCCUGAAGGCUCAUUACGUUAUGGACGGUCAGGUGCUGAUCCUGCCCAUCAGAGGCAACGGACCUGCUAAGAUUAAAAUCACAAACCUGAGAAUCGUGGUCACAUACGACUUCACGACAGUCGCGGGCCACUGGGUGCUGACCGGCUACAAGGACCACUACAAAAUGGACCGAGCUCAGUUCAAGUUCAACAACCUCUUCGGGGGAAACAAGGAGCUAGGUGAAACCGUACAUACAGCUAUCAACACAAACUGGGAGCCUGUGAUCAGAGAUAUAGCACCAGUCGCCUUUGAACAAAUCAUCAAAGCAUGCGUUGAUGAGACAAAAAAACUAUUUGCUACUGUACCUGCUAAUGAACUAUUAAAACCAUAAAAAUAAUCUCCUUACUUAAAUAAAAUCCAAAUUCAACCUAAAAUUUGCUUAAAUAACAUUAUAUUGUAUUUUUAGUCAUAAUGAUGUAGUUUAAUAGUAAAAUAAAAAGUCUAAAUUAAGUAAGUAAUUAAACUAAUAAAUAAUAAUAUUAGAGAAUAUACAAGUGAACAUUAAAUAAUUUGUGAGGUCUGAUAAAAUAGAAGUGUUCAGUAAACAGUGAUAAUAAGUUUUAAGUACUUAUAACACCUUAUAAUUAUUUUAUUAGAAUCUAUUUUAAUAAUUUAUGAAUAAAAAAUGUGAUAAA